ACUUCAUAAAUGUUCGAUCUCUUUUAACUACGUCGAGGCUUGCACUUUUUGGAGAUUACGCUUUUCGAAAUGGCUCUGAGUGUUGCACUACCUCUAACUGGAUUGGAGACAGAGAAUUUUAAUUCGUUCAGCUCGUUCAUAGACAUAGCGGGCCUGUCUCAAUCGCAGACAAGUCCGAGUCCAUCUGUCUCUAGUGAAUCUAGCGGUAUCGGUUCGCUGGGCUCGCUCAAAUCGGAGUCGGUCAAUAGCGACUCCUUGCCCUCUAGUCCUCAAACAACUGAGAAGAAAAUAUUUGAAUCAUUUUUGCAACCUCAACCACGUCCUAAAGAGCAGAAGGUUGAUGAUAUCAAAGUAAAAUAUGAACAACGUGAUAUUCUCAAUCUGAUGGGUAAUCUCACUGAUCCUCGAUGGAAUUACCGUGCUACAGUGCUGCCACCAAAUAACCCUGCGCUUUUCUUUGCCAACCGCUCGCAGUAUCAUCGGCUGGGGCCAUUUGGAACACGCACACAGUAUGUAAAAGACACUUGCCGUUUAUGUGGCUUCACAUGGGUUGUGGCCGCCACAGAUUGAAGUGACUAUGUGUCAGCGUAAACUCUGAACAAACGAAUGUUGUAUGGGUAUGACUGGGACACAACAGGGUGCAUAUAGACUUCUAUCAUCAGUAAUAUAAUGUUGCUUAGAUUGACAUACACAUUCAGUAAAUCAACGACUUGAGUUCUUUUAAUGACAUCAUUUAACUUAAAAAUGAUAGGAUAAUAAUAUUUCCUAAUUAUGGAAUUUUUGUAUUUACAUAGUUAUUAUUGCUUUACUUAGGACAUAGUUUAAUUAAUAUUAAACUAAUAAUUUGACCAAAUCAUUACAGUUCCUUCUCAUGGAUCUAAGUUGUUGGUUUAGUGACUUUUCUAAUACAAUUACUGUCUAUGUAUUUCACUGUUGUGGCCCAGCAAUACAGAUGACUGUGGAAUAUUAAUGUGGUUAUCGUCUCACGUAUUUCGUAGAGUUACAUUUUGAAUGUGACUUAAUACUGUGAUCUUAAUUUAAACAAGGCAAUUUUAGAAAAAUUCUGUGAAAUGUGUGACGAUAAAAUUAAUUUCAUUUUUGUUUUAACUUAUUUGAUUGUGUGAUACAGUUAGGCUUAAUUAAUAUAUUAUACAAACAAUGCCAUAAUAUUACAGUUAACUAGAAUUUGGCAUUUUCCUUCCAAAACGACUGGAUAAAUCUUACUUGAAACUUACUCUUCCAUUGAUAUAACAAUAAUUAUUAUAAAAACAAAAUCAUCAUAUUAAUAUAUAAUGCUACUACACUUAGUUCCUUUUAGAAUUGUUAAUGAUUUGUUAUCCAAAGAAUCUAUUUGUUUUAAUAUUCAUAUUAUAUUAUCUAUAAAUUGUUGAUUUACACAAUUUAUAUGAAUUAGUAUAAAAUUCAAUUGGUUGAUCACUUCAAUCAUUGGAUUUUGUGCCGAAAUAAGUUUAAAGCAAUAUUUAAAUUAUGGACAUUUACUUAUUUAAUCAUCAUGAGUUAAAAUUUCCCACCAUUAAAUGUAAUAGUUAUUAUUUAAAUAUUGUUUUAUAAUAAUCAUUAGGCUCUAGAUAUAAUGAUUUUUAUAUAUUCCACAGUCAUUAUCAAUAGGAUCGUCAUUGUUUAAACCAAAAGGCUGCUUCUCUGAUGUUAUAAUAAGUUACGAUUUUGACGAGAUGGCACGAAUUUAAAGCCAAGCUAUAGGUUAAUUUUAAGGUCUAAUUAUGAUGAUCGUUGGAUUUACCGUCCAAGCAUUACAUAAUAAUAGUGAUGACAUAAUCUAGAGUAUGAUCUUGAUACAUUUCCCAAAAAAUCAAAUUCCUAUCAACUCUAUGAAAAGCUUAAAUAACUCAUUUUAUUUAUAUGACAAGCCCAUACAUAACAGUAAAAAUGGGUUAUCAGUGCAUAUCAUCACAAAUUAUUGCAGUGAUUAGAUAUUCUAAGGUAUUAGUAGUUGUUACAGACCGUUUUAAAACGUUUGAGUCAUUGAUGUGCCCAGAUACUGGGCUUGUAGUGAAAUUAUAGUAAGUGUCGUUAACAGACUGGCAAUAUAUCUAUGUACAUGCAUAUUUAAAGUGUAAUAUCCAUGGUCUCUUAAUUUAGUCAAGAUAUUUAAUAGUGUGAGUCUCUUCAAUUAUGUGUAAGUAAUGUAUAACAUACUAACUAUAAUAAUAAUAAUAAUUGAUACUGUCCUUUUGUGCAACUUUAGUUCUGCUAUGUUGUGAUCAGCUUUAAAUUGGAACUGGAGUAUUUGUACACAAUGUUGACAUAUUUCCCAUAAAGUUAUUUUUAUAAAAAAUGUUGAUAUGUGACAAUACAGUGUAGUUUUCAAAACUUUCUUUAUAUUGAUAUGGACUUCGCUAAAGGUUUGGCAAAUUUGGAAGGGACCAACAUCCAUUCAUUGAUUUUAUUAAUUUCUGUUGUAAUAAUUUUCAGUAGCAAAAUUCAGCUUCAUACCAAUUUCUUUAUCAUGGUCUAAAUUUACUUUGCAUUUCAUCUAAGUUUUCAUUGUAGUUUCUGUUUUGUCAAUAAUCAAUACACUUGGCUAUGAACAUAGUAGUUUACUCAUAACAAUUAGAUGAAUUUAAUGUUUUACAAAAAUUAUUUAUAUAUUUAUUGUAGUGUUUCAGUGGAUCAUGACUGAACCUAUGGCAUGGAUCUCAGAAUGCAGCUAAGAUUAAUACAUUGCAACUAUCCCUAACCAUUGUUGCCUCAAAAAAAGGAAUAUCUUCUAAACACUGCAAUUGAUAAAUGUUUAGAAGUGUAUUUGCAUACAUAGUGUGCUAUAUCCUCAGUCACACAAACUCACAAAAUGGUUGUUAUGGUUAUUGAAAAUCCAAUGUUGCAUUCAGAUUAUUUUUAGUUUUUAACUUUAAUAUAUGACAAAUUUUCGAUCGAAUGUAGUUCAAAAGAAAGUAUUUGGAGUGAUACGCACAGUUUUAUAAGGUAGCUCUUGUUGUGAACAUGUCCCUAACUUUAGUCUGCCCCUGUGACCGCGGCCGAUAGUCGGCCGCCUCUGCCUGUGCGAACUAGAAAGGCCGAGGUGCGAUGCAAUAUUUGCAUUCCAGUUUUGUGUUUAAGUUAGCAGAGGAGGAUAGUAGUUGUUAAUGUUAUUUUAAAUCCACAUUGCCAAAUAUUUUGGUUGUUGUGCUAUUUAUUUAAUUGAAUGAAUUUUUUCCGAAAUAAUCAAUUUAGUACCUUCCAAUUACUAAGUGUCUAAGUAAUUUUAUAAUGUUUUAAUCAUUUCAAUUUUAUGCAUUUUAUUUUGUUUAGUCAAAUCAUUUUACAUGAUAUUAUACCUAAUUAAUAUAUGUUGUAUUACAUCUAUUGUUCAUUAACAUUUAUAAUAAAUAUUUUUUCUCAUUGAACUGUAGUCAAAUGACAGUAUUUUUGUAAUGAAAAUUGUAUAAGGAUGAAGGGUUUUUGCCUAGGCAUUGUGUCCGCUGAAAACGUCGAGGUACGCCGCGGCGGUGUAAGCGGGCGCGGGCCCAGUGUGUAUUAUGGUAUAUUUGAUAAGCAUUAUGUAGGUUUAGCGAAAUAGAAUUAACUCGGAGACAAGCUCCAAGUACCAAAACUUAUUUGGUUUAAUGUUGUUCUCGUAUUAUGGUGAUAUAGUGCGUCGCGCUCGGCGCAGCUCAAUAUUUUAGUAACCCUUAAGAAAAUUAAUACCUCUUUUGAAAAGAAUAUAAUAUAUAUUGUAUAGUAUAUCCAAUCGAUAAUCACAUUAUGUAUUUCCCUGUUUAUUUUGAUGUGAUAUCAUAAAUGACUGAUCUGAAUUUAGUUUUUAAGUUGGUUAUUGAUAUGCAGUGCUAUUUCGAGAGUGUAAUUAAGAUUUAAUAUUGAAAGUGCCAAUGCUCGUAAUUUAAUCUUUGACUGUUCCUUUAAUAUAGCUGUUUGUAAGAGCCAGGCUCUCCGGAGUCGAGCUCCCUCCAUCCUUGUCGACUUCAGUAUAAGCAAUCUAUUCUUCCUUAACGCUUAAGUUUUCAAAUUUUACUUUUUAAUGAAUUCACGUAAUAUGCACAAUCUCAGUAAUGCUUGCAAUAUUAUGUAUAACACAUUUAAUUCCUCAUUUAUUAUUUAAUCCAGCGUAAUGUUAAGAGUACAAUAUGAGAUGAUGUUAUAUCAUUCUAGUAUCAAAAUUAGCCGAAGAUGUUAAUAUUAUUAUUAGUUAGGUAAAAUUUUAACAUAGCUUCGUAUAAUUGGGAUGUUUUAGUAUUUAGUAGUGUACAUUGACGUCGUAGUGGCAAGCAAAAUGUCUCGUGAGUGAAGUGAAAUAAUGUUAGUGGCAAUAAUACUCGAUGUAAGUUCCCUGCCAAGAGACUGCGUACAGGGCCGCGCGCUCAGUCCGCGCGCAAACAACUGAACGAUAAACACUAGGCGUUUAUUUGUUGUAAUUAUAAUAAUAGCCGUAGGUAUUUUAUCGUACUUAAAUAAUUAUUCUUGCGAUGCCUUAAUUCUGGUUGUCAAUUAGACAUGUCUGCCUAGAGUGUUAUCAUUGUUUUUAUUUAUUUUAGUUUUCGCUGUUCCGGCUUCCUCCGUGAACUUCCAGUCCAGGCUGUUCUUUUGAAAUAAUUUUGAGGUCGAUUUAUUUUUACCUAAGUGUUCUUAUUAAAUGUUACCAAAAUGUUUUUAAUAAAAUAUUUUUAUAUG